UUAUAGAGUAACUCCUCACAAAGGAUAAAUCAAGGAGUAAAAAAAGGUACAGGGCAGGGCCGCAAUGCGAGGGUGGCUACUACUCCUCCUGGUGAUACUCACCGUCUUGGUGAUGAUAAGUCACGUAGAUGGUGCGACGAAGAAGAAGUCGCCUUCCACAAAAGUUGCCAAAAAAUCAGCGGCCAAGAAAUCAACAGCAAAAGGGAAAAAAGGUUCAGCCAAGAAAGAAGCGGCAAAGAAAGGCAAGAAGAAGUCUCCAUCGAAAAAGUCAAAGAAAAGUAAGAAAGGGAAGGAAAAGGCGGGUAAAGGGAAGACGGGAGGUGGCAAGAAGGGCUCCGGGAAAGCAAAGGGUGGAAAGAGCAAAGGGAAUGGCACCAAGAGCAAAGGGAAUGGCACCAAGAGCGAAGGAAAUAGUACAAAGAACAGCCAAGGGUGCGCUAAGACAGUAGUGAUUGUGGUUGACCCAGCAACUAUCAAGAAACUGCCAGCGAUCGUCAGUUACUUCAGUGCAGAUUACGUCGUCACGCAACCGAAAGGGGAUUACAUGAAUGCCGUCAAGAAGGUCAGCGAUGCCAAGGUGUUUACAGCCAAAGGGUCAACUGAUUGGUUGAACAUCGCCAUAAAGAUUGAGAGGGCGACUUGCCGAACAAAGAAGAAGCAGAAGAAAGGAAAAGGCAAGAAGAAAAAGGGCAUCAGUGGUCUAAGUCAGAUGCUCUACCCAUUCGCUCCCACCAAGGGCAAUAUGGUCCUGAUGGGGGUGCAUGCUAUUGGAAUCUCCAAGACCAUUAAAUCCAUCGUGUCGAGUGGCAAGUGCCGGGACUGGUGCGCAGCAGACAUGGGAUGUGUUUCGGUGGACUUUAAUGGCGACAUGAAAACCUGUGUCGGCCAUCUCACACAAUCAUCACAAUUAUCGACCAAGGCGAAGAAGCAUUGGACAGUGGCACAGUACCUGAAACGCGGUCACGUGGGUACUAUGCCGGAACUGAAAGACAAGAAGAAAGGCAAGAAGGGGAAAGGUCAACCGAAUGGCAUAAAGCCGUUCCCGUUCGCACCAAGCAAGGGGAACAUGAUCCUGAUCGGAGUACACGCCGUGGGGAUCUCCAGCAAAGUGAAGGGCAUGCUGACCAGCAAGACGUGCAGAGACUGGUGCUCUACCAACAAAAACUGCUUCGGUGUUGACUUCAAUGCCGAUCAGAAGACAUGUACAUCACACUUGACGGUGUACCUGAAAAAGCACCCGUCCCGCGGGCGGGUGAGGUCAAAUUUAUCUACGGCGGACCAACAUUGGACCGUGGCUCAGUAUUACAAGGCAGGAAGGGGUGGCACUCUACCAACCAUAAGCGAAGCUGAUACUAAGCACCUGUCCGCCACGGUGUACUUGACCCUGGACAGCUCCGACAAGACUGGUUCCACGGGGUUCGACUUCACCAAGUCUCUCGUCAAGACACUUCUUCGUGCUUUCCCUCUCGGCCCCGGCGGGUUGUCUCUCUACGUUAUCGCCCACUUGGGAUCAAAACAACCAGUCAAAGUGUUCAAGUUUGACACGAAGGAGGACUUGCCGAAAUACAUUCGGCAGGUGGAACAGUUGAGUUACAAGAAGGCGGAGUCUAACGAAAAGAAUCUGUUUAAAAGACUAGACGACUUGUCCAAACAACCGAGUAACAAGCCUUGCCAGGUGAUUGGGAUGACGGGUGGCUAUGAUUACCCCGACAGGACGAGUGAGAGGGAUGCGUUCAAUGCUAUCAGAUCAAUCAAGAAUCGAGUCAGCGAUAAAAAGUCUAUGAACAUCUUCUACGCAACGGUCGGUGAGAAGAAAAAGACUGAAGAGUGGGCAGGCAACAAUAUACCUGUUGUCUCUGAUGUGUCUCGUCAAGGCAUUGUGAGCAAAAUUUGGCAGUUGUGUGGGCGGCGUCCACCAGCACCAAGGGUCACAUCCAAGGGAAAGCCCAUGAUAGGAAAGAAUCUGAAAGAUGCUGCCAACAUGUGCAUUAACGCAGAGGGCCGGCGUGAGAAGUGCAAAUUAGUUCGUUCAGCCAAAUCCAAGGACAAAAAACACGGCAUAAUCACUGAGAAAAAAGUACAUGGUAUUAUCACCAAAAAAGGAAAAUCAAAGAAAGGAGCCGCAAAAAAGGGUGAAAAAGGAAAUAAGGGUGGGAAAGGAGAGAAGAAAGACAAAGGAAAGACAAGUAAAAAAGGUGGGGGAAAGAAAGAUAGUAAGGCGAAAGGUACGAAAAAAGGUGACAAAGGGAAAGCUACCAAAAAAGGUGAUAAGGGGAAAGCUGGAAAAAAGGGUGAUAAGGGGAAAGCUGGAAAAAAGGAUGGUAAAGGGGAAACUGGAAAAAAGGGUGACAAGGGGAAAGCUGGAAAAAAGGGUGGUAAGGGGAAAACUGGAAAAAAGGGUGAUAAGGGGAAAGCUGGGGAAAAGGGUGAUAAAGGGAAAGCGAAAAAGAAAGGUAGUGAGGGGUCAGCAAAGAAAAAGGGUGGUAAGAAAGUAACCAAAGGCACCAAGGGGAAAAAAGGAUUGAAGAGAUCCAAAAGGUCAAUCUUGCUAAGGUAUAGAAGAGCAGCUUCGAAAAAGGAUAAAGCGAAAAAGAAGAAGGGAAAGGCUAAGAAAGAUACCAAGAAAUCCGGUAAAAAGAAAGCUGGUAAAGAGAAGAAAAAGACUACUAAAAAGGGAAAAGGGAAAAAGUCUGAGAAGGGGAAAAAAGGCGGAAGUAAAACAAAGAAAGGUGGAAAGAAAGAGAAGAAAUCGACUAAAGGCAAGAAAGCUACUGGGAAGAAGGUCAAGGGUGCGAAGACCAAGAAGGCCGGCGAGAAGGAUAAGAAGUCUGGUGGGAAGGAUAAGAAGUCUGGAGGGAAGGAUAAGAAGGCUGGAGGGAAGGAUAAGAAGGCUGGAGGGAAGGAUAAGAAGGCUGGAGGAAAGGAUAAGAAGGGAGCAGGGAAAGAUAAGAAGGCUGGAGGAAAGGAUAAGAAGGCAGCGGGGAAAGGAAGCAAAGGAAAAGAUAAGAAAUCUGACGAGAAAUGUGCCGGUGACGACAAAGCAAUUACAAUGAACCCAUGUCUGAAAAAGACUUGCAGUAUCGGAAUGAUUUGUCGCCUGGUGGCAGCAAAGGGUUGUAAGGAAGAGCGCUGUAAGAUGGUGCCAACGUGUAAAAAAGAAUGCCGUGUGCCACGAUGUCGCCAGAAGUGCAGUGAAUACGAGCAUGAUACCGACGGAUGUCAGCUCUGUGCAUGUAAAAUUCCACUGCUCGGCCCAAUUGGCUGUCCGGGCUUGGUCGGCGACUACCUAAUGAUUCCAAUAAUCAAAGGGCUGUGUCCACAGGGCCUAAAAAACAUUGGAAAAUGCUGUAGGAAGAGAUUGAAGAUAGGGAUUCAACGAGUGUCAUACAGCCUACGUAUCCGGGACGGUGAGAGAGCUUGCACUGGGGGUUUCGCCAGAAUGGAUGGCCUGUGUCAAGCUCAGGUGAAUGUUAACUCGAACAAUGGACUGGUGGCAGGGGGUGGUUUUGUCACGAUGCGACCAAAGAAAGGCAAGGAUUGCCUCGCCACCUUUAAAUUAGUGGAUGGACUUUGUCUCAGGAAGAUGUCAGGUACGAGGAUAGAGAUCCCACGCAAAACGACUACAUGUCGAUCCGGAUUCAGAAGAAGUGGUGCAAAAUGUGUCAUCGAUUUAAGGGUGUUGGUUAUUCCGCGAUGUAACGGGCUGUGUGUGAAGGGAUCAGCACCGUAUCUAGAUCAUCACUGCAAGGUCACUGACACAACUGAGGUUCGAUCACAGCUGCGAAAGCUCGGAUUAAGAAUGUCACUUAAGCACUGGGGAGCCAUUAUUAUUUCGGAUCGUCGGCCCGCAUAUAUACAGCCGUUUGAGAACGGAAAAUGUCCAAAAGGCACGAAGAAAAAGGGACGAGGAACUGGAUUGAUAUGCAAAGUUCAUUGGCGCCAUGAUUUCAGAGUGGCUUUGAGAAAAAUUGGAUACAGAGUUGAUUCUCGAGGAGAUGUAGUGUAUCGAUACAAAAUUGAGCAGAAGGGAGACAAGAUCCGCCGGUUCCAGGAGAUGCCUUGCUUAGCAGGGACACAUGACACCCGUGAUGGGGGCUGGUGCAGGAUUGUGGAUGAAAAGCGGCUGGAGUCUGAGUUGAGAUUGCUCUCGAUUGAGAAGACGAUAAAGAUCGACGAAGAACACACGAAACUAGCACCCUGUGCUAUACCUAAAUGCAGCAGCACAUGUCUGGUAUACGCCACCAGCAAGGAAACUGGUUGUCCUACUUGUAACUGCAAAGUGCCAUUCACUGACCCCAUGUCGGUUGGCCAAAGAGCGGACGCCAUCCUGAUCACGCUGGUUGACGGGAAAGUGCCAAAAGGCUUUCACAAGUAUGGCAACCUGGCCAGAAAGGGCCUUCGGGUUGGCAAGAACGUUGUGACGUUCAAGCCACUGACCAAGGUAUGCCCAUCCGGAUUCGAACUGAUGAAGAAAUCCAAGGAAUGCAAAGGAACUUUCUAUGUGAAGCGUUUCUCGGGAAAUCUGCUAGUUGGCGGAGGCUAUGCCAAGAUGCCUGGGAAUAAAUGUCCACCAACAUGGGUCAAACAAGGAAAGAACUGUUUCUAUAAACUAGUAGGGCCAGAUCUAGUGUAUCCAGCCAAGGGGGGCAAGUGUUCCGUCCAGUUUAGUCUAGUGAAAGGAUUGUGCAGAAGAAAACUGCUCAAGUUCUAUAUCCCCAAGAUUGGUGCGAAAUGUCCACAAGGGACAAUAUAUCAACCACAGAAGACAGGGUGUUCUGUUGUUAAUCUGGAGGAAGCCAGAAAAGAACUCCACAGACGACACUUCAGGCUAACAUGUUCAUCACGAGGAAUCUCUGUCUCCAGUGCCAGGGACCAGAAAAAAACCAAAAUUCGAGGAUCCAAGAAAUCCAUCCUGGUGAUUCCCUCUCUACUGAAGGGCAAAUGUCCCGAUGGGAGUACCGCCAUAGUCCACGGAGAGUUAUGCAAAGUCAACGACUUGAUCAAAGUUAACAUAAACGUUGCGAAAUAUGGUUUUGAGGUGACAAAGAACGGUCGCUAUAAGAAAGCACUGAGUGCGGGCCUCAAGGGGAACAUGAUGAACCCGAUCGGCUCCCGUUGUCUGAAAGGGACGAAAACUACUGGCUCGAGAUGCAGAAUCAUUCACUUACAAACAGUGCAAAGUCAGAUGGCGAAGGUUGGUCUCAGUUACUCUGCCUCCCUAAGAAAAGCAUGGGUUGGAAACUCGGCAUGGAAAGCAUCUAAAAAGUUUGCAGUUACAAACUACGCUAAACCAUUAAAGAAUGGUCAGUGUCCCAAGGGAUCGAGCCAGACAGAAAAAGGUUGCAAGGUGACAGACAGUUCUAAAAGUAAAAAAGCAGCCAUAAGCCGGGUCAUAAAAAAGGUUCAAAAGAAAGUAAAAGGCUCAGCAAAAUUGAAAGUAAAGGAUUCGAGCCAUGAUUCGAGCAAUGAUUCGAGCCGUGAUUCCAGCCAUGAUUCCAGCCUUGAUUCGAGCCAUGGUUCGAGCCAUAAUUCGACGAUGAAAGGAUCAUACUAGUGUGGGCGCUUUACAACGGAGGUGUACUAGAUGCUCACAAGGUUACAUCAUCAUCUGAUUUUCUGCCCAAUUUUCACGAACAGGUUUACUGUAACGGUCAAGACCACACAUCUUUGUAUCGGUUCUGGAAUCACGCUUGCAACCAGGU